AUCCAGGCCUGGAUUGUUGUCAAUUGCCGGGGCCGCGGAAUCACCUGUCCCCUCCUUGUUACAUAACUGUGAAUAAUUAGCGAAUGCACCAGAUAAUGGCGUGCUGCCAGCAGACAGUACCCUCGGAGCAAUCCGAACCGCCCAAAACUGCCGAAACACUAUAUCCAAAAGUUAAGAUCAUAGUAUGAGAACAAUAGUCACGCACCACGAUCAUCACGAUGCAGCUAAUGCCAUAGUUAAGCUGAGCCUUAUCGCUACACCAGUUGCUUAGCGGUGCGAAGUCAGAUGGUGUUCCCCAGGUGGGAGGAAGGUUUUUAGGCGCUAAAGAUUCUGCGAGUUUUGGACACGCGUGGUUUGGACCCACGACUAAACGUAUGUCUCCUUCAUCAUCAAAACUCUGGUCCCGACAGCAGUCGUCUUUUGACACUCUCAAUUCACAAUGGCAAAAUCCCAAUGGUGUACUCUCUGUUCUCAGUAUCAUCGGCGGUGACGUCGUACAGCGCGCCAUUGCGCAGCUCGCAGGCAGCGGUCCAUCUCACUUUACCCCCGUCGCCUUCUCCUUCGGCUGGGUUGCCUACUCCUUCAGCGCCCUACUCUCUGCUGUUGGGGAGGGCCGCCUUAUGCCUCCAUCUGACUGUCCGUCCAUUGUUGUAAACGCAAAAAACGGAUACGUUCGCACCAAUAUGUCUUGGCCUCUUGGCCGACUCCUGCGCGAUCACUGGUCCCCUCAUUAUCAGAAUCCCAACGGCCUCACCGUAUCAAUAUACUUCGCUUCCAAAUCCAAACCCGCUGGUAUUCCUGAUAAAGACUGGGUAUACUAUAGCGGUAUCACCACUAUCAUCGCACAAAUUCUUCUUUCUAUCCUUCCUGCAAUCCUCAAUCAAGACUGGGUGAUUUUCAUCGUCACCGUCAGCGGCACUUUACUGGCCCUCAUUGGCGGCGCUCUUCCCCAGUGGCGUGCAGAGAAAUGGGCAGCACGGGGGGUGGACAAGCGUGAGAUUAUCUGCCUCACACGUGGAAAUGGUAGCAACAGUGUCAUUGUCAUCGUUAGCGACAAGACGGGUAUUAGGCUGGAGGACCUUGCUACCGCGCGACUUGAGCGAUUCCGCUCAACCACUGUCAUGACUUUCAUCCUUGCCACCCUAUGGAUUGUUUACCUGCUCACUGUGCAGGCCUUAGUCAAUGAUGCGUGGUUCUUACUCGCAAUCGGUGGUCUCGGCAUGAUUCAGAACCUGAUCGCCGCUGGCGCUACACGCAGCGCAGCCGCACUUGGGUUUCACCUCGAGCGCCUCCGCGAGGUGCACCAUGACAAGGUUUUCAAUGCUCUAGUAGAGGCUGAAGGGCUUGAACGCGGAGUUGCACUGUCGCUGAUUCCAGUGUUUUUUCCGGGUGGUUUGAGGGCCGAUGAAACGGCAUGGGUGGAUGCGAAGAAGGCAGAGUACGCACAAUCAGAUGCGUUAGGCCAUGCCCAAAAGAAUGGGGCCCGACAAUCGGUCAUUUCCAGUCCUACUGAGAUUGAAAUUACAGAGAAGUCACUUUGACCAUGUCCCAAAAAUUGGGACGUGCUCUAGCCCAUGCUCUCCUUGCCUGAUACGAUUAUACAACACAACCUAUGAUUAGGUCGGCCACUUGGAGACCAAAAUAACGCUCGCCAUGAUGCUGGAUUUGGAAAUUAUCGGAUCAUCGCGAACUGUAAACUAGUUAUGCCAUUACUCAAUCGAUGCGAACCUGUAAGACUGA